AUGAAUGUAUCAGUCUGUAUCGGCGUCAAAUUACAAUCGCUACUAGAAAUACUUUUUAAAGGGGUGGAGGGUGUUGCACUUUGUGCUGCUUUGAUUGUAGAUGCAAUGACCAGGGUUGAAGAUUUGAACAACGAAUUUGAAAUCACGCUAACUAUAUUUGAGGGUUCCAGUAUGCUUCUUGAUGUUGACAUGGAUGGUGAUGCUUUGCCUCAAUUUGAUAUUGGCAGUCCUGCAAUGUACAGCCUUGGUUUUGUUGCUGAGGGAACACGGACAGAUUUGGAAGAUGGUUCUGAUCUUAAUUCGGGUUCAACAGUAUGGGUACUCCCUGGCUUAGAAAUCCUCCAGCCUGGGUAUAUUUUGUCUGUUGAGGCAUAUGUAAAAACACCCGGACUAGUGAAUUUAUUGAUUUUGAAGCCGAUUUGUGCAGGAGGGGGUGAUGUGUACUGUCCCCAUAACAACGAGUGUGUCACAGAGAGCAGUUGCAACUACGUAUUUGAUUACCCGUCAAAUCCAGAGUACACUGAAUAUUGUGACGCAAACGGGAUAUACUGUGCCUUAUCAGGGACAUGUGAAGAUCCCGAUAAUACGCCAGAGUGCACAGUUAAGAAUAACAGGUAUGACGAAGCAAGUCCAAGAAAUGACUACGAGGUGGUUGCUUCUAUACCUGUGACGUUCACCAAAACCAACGCCUACGAAUACGUGAAAAUACCAAUUGCUGGCAUCAAAGCGGGAGUUGUUGCGGAAAUUGGCUAUAUAAUUGGCUACGAAACUACUUUAGCAGGCAUCGGCUGGCAAAAUGUCACAAAUAAUACCAUUGAGUACCAAUACUCGGCGGUGCCUCACGGCGUUGGAAGUACACUGGCUAAAUCGGACGCUACAGCCUUUGAGAUUCAGCAUUACAUCCGGGUGACCACAGUGAAAGAGCUACAGACUCUCAUUACGUAUACAUUUCCAACCUACGGAGACCAUCCCAUCACAGUUAAUGUAACUAAUGAUUUGGGUUCUGAACAAAAAACUUGCACAGUUACCAUUCAACAAAAUAUAACAGAUUUAUUACUGACGAUGGAUAACCACACUGAAGUUAGGUCUACUGAAGAAGCUACUCUGUUCGUUUGGCUACAACGGGGUAUUCCAGCACUUUUGUCGAUCGAUUGGGGAGAUGGCUCUCCAACGGAAGAAGUAGAUAGAAAUUCAACUAGCCCUGACGUGCCAGACAAUAUUACACACUUAUUUAAUGCCUCUGGCAACAUGACAGUAAAGGUAAACGCAAGUAAUCUGUGGAACUGGGAAGUAUUUGAAUUGGAGAUCACAGUUUACAACCCGGUUGAUUUAGAUGCAUAUGAAAUUACUACAAAUAGUCCGCAACCAAAUGGAUUAAGAGAUGUUAAAGGCGUUAUUACGAUCGUAACAUCAUACACUAACGGUGCUGUAAAGCCAGCAACUUUCGCUGACGUCACAAUAACCGGUGGUUAUGCAUUUGAUGAGGUCCUUAAAGACAAGAUAUAUGACAUCACAUCUGUUGGCGACUCCUGUACUUUAAAAAUCGAAUUCACGUACCCUGGUGUAUACCUCCUCACUUUAAAGUUCGAGAAUCCCAUCAAUAGUGAGGAAUAUGAAGUCGAGGUUGAGAUCCUGGAUAUUAUCUAUGGUUUUGAGGUUACACCGCGACAUAUACCGGUCGAAGAACAAUUCAGAUCGCCAGAAGAUGGCACUUUUAUUGAUGGCGUUUGGUAUAUGCCAAUUGAAGUACCGGUUUUAUUCACAGCAACGGUAGAACAAGGUAACGACAUUGCAUAUACAUAUGAAGAUUUCGGUGAUGGAAGUGUUGCAGUAAGUACACGGGAAGAGGUCUACAGCCAUAAGUAUAGUUCCUAUACACAGGCCUUAAAGCCGGUCACUCACUGCGCCCCAGCGGUCUCCGGUUGA